CGCCACCCACUCCCAGCCCAUGAUCCCUCCCCUCCCCCACGAAUCCCACUUGGGACCCAUCACCGCCGGAGGUGCUGUCAGCCCUAGGGGACCCCUUCCUCUGGGGUCCGGAUGUGACGAGCGCCGACUUCCGCCUCCGCGGCCUGAGAGAGGCGAGGCCCUGCGUGUGGGAAGCCGGAUUCAGGUUGGCGGAGGGAAGGAGCCCAGGCCCGGCAGCCAGGCGUGCAGGGUCGUCGAGAAGGGGCUGUUGAGCCCUCGGUGUGAGGCAGGAGUCCCUGGGAUCACGGUGCAGGUUCAGCCCGACACCAACGCCAUGCCCCUGGGUCAGAGGAGUGAGCUGAGGAAGCUGGAGGAAGACCCUGGACCAGGACCAGGCCAGGGCCUGGAGGAGGCACAGCAGUGCGGGGCUGGAGGGGUGGAGGCCCUACCUCCCUCCUCCGCCUCUGCCUCCUCCCAGUCCACCGUCCCGUCCCUCUCCUGCUCUGCCCUGUCUCUGGGCCCCCCGGAGGAGGGGUCUGCUGCGGGGACCCCGAGUCCUCCCCAGAGCCCUCAGAGGGCCUGCCCCUCGCCCGCGGCCAUGGCAGCCACUGUCUGGAGCCUGCCCGACCAGGGCUCCAGCAGCUCAGAUGAGGAGGGGUCCAGCACCUGGGAGGAGUCCGAAGAAGCCGAGCCUCGGCUCUCAGACGUGCUCCAGGAGAAGACAGCUGACCUGGUGGGGUUCCUGCUCCUCAAGUAUCUCACCAAGGAGCCGACCAGCCAGGCGGAGAUGCUGGCGAUCGUCGGCGAGGAUGAGCAGGACGCCUUCCCCGGGAUCCUGGGCCAGGCGUCCAAGUGCAUGCAGCUGGUGUUCGGCGUGGAGGUGAAGGAAGUGGACCCCAGCGAGCACUCCUACGUCCUGGUCCCCGUCCUGGGCCUCACCUGCGACGCGAUGCUGAGCAUUGAGCAGGGCGCGCCCAAGACCGGCUUCCUGGUGGUGCUCCUGGGGGCGAUCCUCCUGGAGGGCGACCGUGCCCUCGAGGAGGUGGUGUGGGAAGCGCUGGGGGUCAUGGGGGUGUAUGCCGGCGAGGAGCACAUCAUCUAUGGGGAGCCCCGGGAGCUCCUGACCAAUGUCUGGGUGCAGGAAGGGUACCUGGAGUACCGGCAGGUGCCCGGCAGUGACCCUGCCCGCUACGAGUUCCUGUGGGGUCCCAGGGCCCACGCGGAAACCAGCAGGUUGCAGGUGCUGGAGUAUUUGCUGCGAGUCUAUCCCGGGCUGCCGGUUCCCUCCCUGGCCCCCUCUGAAGAGGCUGUGAGCCAUGAGGAAGAGGGGGCCUGAGGCCCAGGGGCGGCUGUGGUGCGGUCCCGGCUCCGGCGGGGUCGGCAGCUUGUCCUGCGGGGCGCUGGGCACGGAGUGAGGCCGUUUCUUGGUUCUUCCCUGUGUG